UUCAACUACGAGUAUCAUAAUCCACAGUGACCUCAGUGGCCCCCUGUCCAUGACAAGACGUUUCACAUGGUAAAAAGUGAAUCGAGCCAAAAAAUCGUGCGCUCUAUGAUUCAUAUAAAGACUCACCUUAAUUCCUAUCUGCUUAUCAGUCGCGAUAACAAAUAAAGAACAGGUUGAUAAAGUACGUUAUACCUAUACGUUGUAAUUUUAAGCAAGUAGGUUUGGAUCAUCGCGCUUUUAAUUCAUGAUCAGUGCAAAGAGUAAAAAUGUGCAAAUUUAAGUUGGUGUUUUUGUUUUUGCUAACUGUGCCGUGUGUAUUUGGACAAGAUGAUCAGGAACAUAAUCCGAACGAUGAAGUGGAGUUGACGGCUACACACAACGGGCAUCCUGGCCCUUCGAUUCAGGACAGCCAAGAUGAUGCUAAACGCAAUGAACAGCCCCCUUUUAAGCCAAGAAACCAGCACGAUGUUGACGAAUCCAAUGCAAAGUAUACGGAUUACACGAAUUGGGACUCACUAACAUCUCGAUACGCGCCCCCUCAAGAAAGCCAAAGAGGUGGAAUUCCAUAUUACGUAACGGAGCAGAGACUAAGAGAGAUUCGAAAGGAGUUCAUGUACUGGUACUUCGAUUUAGGCGGAGACGGCGACAACAUCGGCGACUGGCAGAAAACAAUACAAUCAUCUAGUCCCCAAGUGCACAAAAAUUUAAAUUUCCAACUGCCAUUCUUCGGCUUCAGAUUUAACUACACCAGAGUUUCGAUCAAUGGCUACCUCGAAUUCAGCGAUCCGCCGGAAAAUUACCCCGCGUACCCUUUGGUGUUUCCCGUUAAGGAUUGGCCUAAGAUGAACGACCCAUCGUUUAUGGGAAUCUUCUUCAGCAAAUGCCGCAUCGGGUCACUACGCACCGAAGAUCUCGACAGAAGAAAGCCGGGCGUUUAUUUUAGGCUCGAACGAGAUCUUCAGACGCGUAUCGAUCAGCUUGGAGUUGAGAUGAGGGAACGGGUUAAGUGGGAUAUUAGGGAGGGAAUGAUCGGUGCGGAAACCUUCAAUCCGAAGCACGCGAUUAUAGUUACGUGGAAGAAUAUUUCUUUUGCCGGUGGUAUUCCCCAGGCUUUGUAUACGACGAAUACAUUUCAACUUGUGCUUGCUACCGAUGAAGUAUUCACUUACGCGAUUUUCAAUUAUUUGGACUUGCAAUGGACUAGUCACACUGAAGCUUUGGGCGACACAUUGAAAGGUGAAGGUGGUACCCCUGCGUUCAUAGGAUUUAAUGCGGGAAAUGGCACGAGAAGUUAUGAGUACAUGCCGUACAGCCAAGCGUCCGUGAUCCGUGAUCUAAGUGGGCGCGGUUGGGGAAACGGCUUCAAAGGCAGGCACAUUUUCAGAAUUGACGAAAACAUAAUAGUGGGAAGCUGUAACAAAGACAUUGACGGAGCCAACUUACCCCUGGUGUUUGCUCCUGAAAGCGGGAACAUGUUGGGAGGCACCAUGGUGAACAUCACCGGUCCAUGCUUUGAUCCGAAUGAUAAAAUUAUAUGCAAGUUUGAUGUGGAAGACGAAAUCUUUGGUACAGUUGUCGACAGCAACCGAGCGGUGUGCAUCCAACCACGGUUAUUCGUGGAAGGAUACGUCCGCCUUGAGAUAGCAAUCGGUCCCGGAAAAUACAAAUGGAAAGGCAAAUACUUUGUUGAAACUCCGGCAACAGCAGCAGAAAAAAUCUUCUUUGAGGACUACUCGGUGCACGAAAAGUACCCUCCAGAAAUUAAAAUCUCUUGGGUCAAAUACAAUUUGACCACCAACGAAAACGCAAACAUCCGCAUAUCCCUAUGGGGUUAUAGAGAGACGACCAUAAGACCCGAAUUUCUUUACAUCGACGAACUUGCGACCGGAAUCAUGAAUACGGGUCGACACGUCAUAACCCCAGGCGAAUUUAGGCUGAGAGACAACAGAAACGUAUCAGACAUUAAAUUUGGCUUCAUUCAAAUUAAUCUAACCGAACCGAUUCCGAUCGAAGGAACGUCGACUAGAAUAACACCCUUGAUUUGGAGUAGACCUAUACCGUUAGGUUGGUAUUUCGCACCUCAGUGGGAAAGGGAGUUCGGGCAGAAUUGGCCCGAUACUUUGUGCGAUAAUUGGAUACGUAACGACAGAUACCUGAGAAAUUUUGCCAACGAACUCCCCCAAUGCCCUUGCACCUUAGAACAUGCUUUGUCGGAUAAAGGGAGAUAUAUGCCCGAUCCUGAUUGCGACAAGGAUGCCAAUCCCAAAUGUGAAUAUCAUCGCGGAGCCGUGCAUUGUGUGAGAACCGCCUCGCCCACGUUGGAGGGUUCAGAGCAGCAGUGUUGCUACGAUAAGAACUUGUACCUAAUGUUGUCUUAUGAUCAGCAAUGGGGGUCGAGUCCGCAUCGUUCUCAUAACUUGGGAUACCUCCCUUGGAAUGAGGCAAAUAAAGUACCAACACUUUCUCAUUGGUUCCACGACAUGGUGCCCAAGUACCUGUGCUGCAGGUGGCAACACGAACAAGCUGUAGGUUGUGAAACUGUACGAUUUGAAAGACGGCCGACACAAGAUUGCGUCGCAUAUCAACCACCGGCUGUCGGGGGCGUUUUCGGUGAUCCCCAUCUUAUCACCUUCGACGACGUCACCUACACUUUCAACGGAAAAGGGGAAUUUGUGCUGGUUCGUAGCAAUACCAUCCAAAAUAGGUUGGACAUUCAGGCGAGGUUCGAACAAAUGAAUAUGAAUGCCUAUGGAGAGGUAAAGGCGACACAGAUGACAUCGGUUGUUGCGAGAGGUAAUUUAUCAACCAUUGUUGAGGUCAGAAUGAGACCUCAAGAAGCGCAAUGGCGUUAUCGUCUUGAUGUGUUCGCCGACGGGAGAAGGAUUUACUUUGACCGUCCUUCCAUCAAAUUCCAACACUUCCCAGGAGUCACUGUGUACACUCCCACAUACAUUCUUAACCAAUCCGAGGUGCUCGUCAUGUUCGAUUCCGGUGCAGGAAUAGAGGUAGUUGAAAACAAAGGUUACAUGACUACGAGAGUGUACCUUCCAUGGACAUACAUCAAUAAAACUCGAGGAUUACUCGGAAAUUGGAGUUUUAAUCCAAACGACGACUUAAUUGACCCAGACGACCUCCAGGUAUCUGUGCCUACAACCCUGGACGAAAACGAGAGAUUGUAUAACGAAUUUGGCAUGAAGUGGAUGUUGGAAGACAAAGAUGAUCCCAAGAAAGGACAAGCGCUCUUUUUCAGGGAAUACGCCCGUACCUCCUCGUACUACAACAAUAAAACGUUUAAACCGGAAUUUCGAAUGAUCGCUGAAGAAAUAAUACCGGGGAAUAUCUCGACGGAAAGGGAUAACGCGUACAAAUUUUGUUUUGACGAUCCCCAGUGCAUCUACGAUUAUGCGGUUACUUUAAACAGGGAUUUGGCCCACUUCACUUUGAAUUACAAAAGUUCCAUAUUGAAUUUGAAAGAGAUAAACAAAAAGAGAGUUAUAUCGUGUGGUGUUUUGGAGACGCCCAGAUUUGGAAGAAAGAGCAACUUUAUGUUUGUGCCUGGAACAAAGGUGACGUUUGAAUGCAACCAGGAUUUCAUACUGGUAGGAGACCAACGGCGGGAGUGCAUGCCAGAAGGCUACUGGGACGUCCCCACUUAUGGCUACACCGAAUGUUUACGGCAGCAAGAGUAUUCGUCCCGAACGGCGGGAUUAACCAGCGGAAUAGUGCUGGCGAUACUGAUACCACUAGUUCUUUGCCUUGUGUACGCCGGUUUCCGUCUAUUCAACAGCUACAAUAAAAACAAAGACUCCUUGCUUUUUAAUCCUCCCUCGCGCUCCGCCAGUAGACUAAAGCUAAACGAAGCUGAACCCAUGAUGCAAAACUCGCGCACCAUAAGCCCAACGACCCCACCAUCCGACGAAUUUAACGAAUACACCUAUCGCAGUCCAGUGGGAAGCGAUCGCAGCAGCACAAGCAGUGGUAACAGCAAGAAGAGGCGAAGUUAUGAAAAAAGUUACAGAACUCACGAACCGCUGGAGGGCUUACCAGAAAUUGACUUCGAAGACAAGGCCUGGGAUCUCGAAGACCCGGAAACAGAACCGAAAGACAAACCGAAUUUCAAUCGGAGCGAAAGCGAGGGCCCCGUCUAUUCGCUACCAUUUCGGCUGAAGGAGCCGAAUGCUGAACUAAGCUCGUCAAAUCCAAAUUUAAUCGACAAUAGAUACGAACCACGCGCUAACCCGGCACUUAACAGAGCUGUAACUCAAAGUCAAAGUAGCGUCGUCACCGAUGUUUAAAUUUUUGAGGCAUGUGGAAUAGGUGUACUUAUAGGAAUUCCUUUUUAUAUCAACUGUAAUGUAAAUGUACCGUUAAGUUUAUUAAUAAAAUAUUUAGAACACAA